AUCGAUACCCCUCAAUUGCACUUUGAUCGCGCAUGAUGCUUAGAUAGCUGGUUUUUUUUUCGUCCUCGUCCCUGCAGCAUCUAAAAUUCCACACAAUGGCGUCGGCCGUCUUCUUUCUCGACCUCAAGGGCAAGACCCUUUUGGCGCGCAACUACCGGGGAGAUAUUCCCAUGUCGGCGGUUGAAAAGUUUCCUGUCCUACUCAGCGAGGCCGAAGACGAGAGCUCGGCCGUCCCACCAUGCUUUUCCAGCGAAGGCAUCAACUACCUCUACAUCCGCCACAACAACCUCUACCUUCUCGCCCUCACAAAACGCAACACAAAUGCCGCCGAGAUUCUCCUGUUCUUGCACAAGGUUGUCGAGGUCUUUACAGAGUACUUCAAGGAGCUCGAGGAGGAGAGUAUAAGGGACAACUUUGUCGUCAUCUACGAGCUGCUGGAUGAGAUGAUGGAUUUUGGAUACCCACAAACGACCGAAACAAAGAUCUUGCAAGAGUACAUUACUCAAGAAUCCCACAAGCUCGAAAUUGCACGGCCGCCUAUUGCAGUCACAAACGCCGUCAGCUGGCGAAGCGAAGGCAUUCGAUACCGCAAGAACGAAGUUUUCCUCGAUGUUAUCGAAUCUCUUAACCUACUUGUCUCUGCGACCGGCAGCGUGUUGCGAUCAGAAAUUCUGGGUGCUGUCAAGAUGAAGUGUUACCUUUCCGGUAUGCCUGAACUACGACUGGGACUGAACGAUAAGGCCAUGUUCGAGAGCACAGGAAGAGCCACGCGAGGAAAGGCCGUCGAGAUGGAGGACGUCAAGUUCCACCAAUGUGUGCGCUUAUCAAGAUUUGAAAACGAUCGAACCAUCAGCUUCAUUCCACCGGAUGGCGAGUUUGAGCUCAUGAGCUACCGAUUGAACACACAAGUCAAGCCCCUCAUCUGGGUCGAGUGCAUAGUAGAGAGCCACUCGGGUAGCAGAAUAGAAUACAUGUUGAAGGCACGAGCACAGUUUAAGCGACGAAGUACAGCGAAUAAUGUCCAAAUUUCGAUACCCGUUCCUGAAGACGCAGACACACCACGAUUCCGAACAAACAUCGGCACGGUCCACUACGCACCAGAAACAUCCUCCAUUGUGUGGAAGAUUAAGCAGUUUGGAGGUGGCAAGGAAUUCCUCAUGCGCGCUGAACUAGGCCUGCCGUCUGUCCGUGGUGACGACGAGAAAGGCGGUGGUAUGAUGGGUGGUUUUGGUGGCAGUAUGGGGGGCGUUGGCGCUGGCAAAGCAAAGAGGCCCAUCAACGUCAAGUUUGAGAUUCCGUACUUUACUACCUCGGGUAUCCAAGUGCGAUAUCUGAAGAUCAUCGAGCCCAAGCUGCAAUACCCAUCAUUGCCUUGGGUGCGCUACAUCACACAGUCAGGCGAUAUCGCCGUGCGAUUACCGGAUGUGAAUUAGAGGAUAGUCAGCGUCCGGCAAUGGACACAUUUUUGAGAGACCAGAGCGAGAAUCCUUGCUCCCUACGUUCUGCAUGCAGUGUGA